AUGUGUUUAUUGCAUAAUUAUGAAGAUGUUAGAGCAGUUUAAUCUAAAAGGGUUGAUUAUGAAAUACAUCUCUAAUCUCUUUCAAAUAUUAUUUUAUAGAAAGAUUAAAUUAUUAAUGAGGAAGGAAGUGCAACUUCAAAAAAAGAUGAUGCUGCAGUUUUGAUUUUCUAUAAUAUUAAGAAUUUGAGUAUUAAAGAAGAUGUCAAUAAUUUUAACAAAAAGUAGAGUGAUUAGUCACAAAAGUUAUCGGUCGGAUAAAUUGUAAAUUUGAAGGGUCUUCGAGAGUAAGGGUUUCUAAAAUGA